AAUAGUUCUAGUUUUAUAUAAAUAUUUAUUCUUUAAAGACAUUGAAAUAUUUUAUGUACAGGUGGUUCUGUUUGUCUUGGCAGAUGGUUGGAAUUGUUGGACUGGAAACCAGAGACUUUCGAUCACCAUGAAAGACGAUUACGAGAUUGAAGAGAAAAAGCAAGCUGCUGCUGAUGUGUUGGACAACUAUUCAAAAUUUGUAAUGGCAUGCAUUGGAAAUAAUGUUCGACCUUGUGACAUGAGGUUGCAUCUGAUGAAGGAGAUUUCGGGUCUACCAACUUCUUUGAAGAAAGAUUCAUCCCAGAGAGCAGCUUCUCCUGAUCUAAUGGGUGAAUCGUCAAGCUCAGGUACUGCCAGACUUGAUAAGACGGACAGUUUUCGAGAUCGGGCGCUUUGAGUUGAAGUAGCGGUUAUUAUUUGUUUGAUAUUUUACAGUUGUCCGCACAUUCUGUCUCCCCUUGUAUGUAGUGUUCUCAUCCUGUUGGGGAUAUUUGUAAUGUGAUACAACACAAGUUACACCAAUCCUUGCACCUUUCCUUUCUGGAGAUGUACCUAUGCUUCCAAUUUACUAUAUGAUUAUGGGAGUUCAGAUGAUGUGAUCAGUCAUUGUAUUAUUAAUUAGUCCAGGAUAUGCCAUGACUUGUUAUAUAUCAAAAAAGAACAUACAGGAUUCUCUUGGA